AUGUCGCACAGACUCUCCAGAGCUGAUGAGGAGAAGUGGCCUUCAAACCCUAAUUCUAGGGGCCGCAGAGCUCCAGUCAAAAUCCCAGCUUCCAACACAUCUGCACUCAUCGAAGAUAACAGACUUACUUUGAUUGGAAGAGUCACGAAUCCUGCGAUACAGAAGACUAGAGCUCUUAUUGAUUUCUUCCUCCAACACUGGUCAGUGGUUGGUAAUUUCACUGGUCGCGACCUGGGACCCAAUCUCUUUCAGUUUAGAUUCGAAACAGAGGCAGAUCUACAGUCCAUCCUCCGUAGAGGCCCUUACCAUUUUAAGCGCUGGAUGAUUAUCUUGCAAAGGUGGGAACCUAACGUUUCGGACAGCUUUCCUACUCUUAUCCCCUUUUGGAUAGCUGUUCAUGGCUUACCUCUCCACUUAUGGACAAACGAAUCUCUUCAUGCUAUUGGCUCUGAACUGGGCCAUGUAGAAGCCAAGGAUGCAGCAAAAGGAAAGGUCCGUGUGCUGAUUAAUGGCAUGAGGCCUAUGGAUUUUCAUCUUGAUAUUGAGCUCCCAUCAGGGGAAACAAAAGUAGUCGAGCUGCAAUAUGAAAACUUGGACAAGCAUUGCUUCUCCUGCAAGUCACUGUGUCAUGAAACCAAAGACUGCCCCUCAUCUAUGGCCCUCAAAGAUCGUCUCUCUAAACCAGUGGGGAUUAACCAGUCUCAAACCUUGAAACGUAUUGAAGCAGACAAAAGGAGACAGGAUGAGAGGAGACUUUCUCGAUUCCUCCCCAUUAACAAUCGAGGAAACGGAAGGGCCUCUGACAGCAGACCUUACUCUAACUCAAGGUAUGAAGAUUCUCGUCGCUACGCUAGAGAUGCAGAUUCUAGAUCGCUCCUAGAGGGGAAGGAACAGGUAGCUACUCACUCAAGGAGCUAUGCCCGAGACCCCAUAUCGUACAGCAACCAGUCUGUCACACACCGACCUUCAAACUCCCAAACUCAAGUUGCCAUAGCAAGACCCACUAUUUCUAAUCGAAGUGAGGGUUCCAGACGCCAACCGCUAUAUGAGAAGGAAAGUACCAAAGUGUGGGUGGAGAAAGCUUUCACAGCAGCUCCUGCUACACACCACCAGGGACACACCUCUCAAACUCCAUCUCACACUCCUUCUCCAAGACCGGCACGUGAACAGAUGAUUUCACCUCCACCUACCGGAAAGGUUGAUGAAAGCGCCUCAAUGGUGAGGAAAUCAGCGCUUCACCGUCUCUCCCUACCCUCUUCUGGGAAUAUCGUACUCCAGUAUGGAGUUCCUAGCUCAAACUCUGAAAGUAACAGGCUGCAGGAUGUGGAAAUUCAGUACUUAGAGGACAAUCUUCGCAAUCAGGUUGUUGACAGCGCCUCUAAACCCUCAGGGUCCAGAGUUCCUGCUACUGAAAGAUUAUCAUUACCAGAGUCUCCCUCCUCUCCUAUUCGAACUCUGAGCGAGGAUCGUGUCCAUGUUUCCCUUCGUUUGGAAGGUCUGCCAGACCAGUACCCAGAAGAGGAUGCUCCUUCUAAGGCCCCUCAGCAGAAGAAGAGACUUUGCAGACCACCAAUGCUUCAAGAACUCAAACAGUUCCGAAACCCCCGACUAAGGCAGUACCAAAGAAGCCUACAACUAGAAAGAGGGCUCCCCGGAGCCCCUUGCAAGGCAUAA